GUUUUUGAAAUACGACUUCUGAUUCUCCUAACUACUUUGGAGAUGUGCACCCCUUUAGACUUUUCAGGCAGAAUACGUCUGAUGGCCAACUCUGCUAGUUUCAGACCAUGGUCGUGACGUAUUGAAGCAUCUUUGUCUGAUGAAUCCUUAACAUUCCAGAAGAUUAAACUGGUUGUUGGAGUGGAAUCCUUUAGUCGUGUGCUGACGGCCUUCGAAACCUUCUCAGUAGGUUUCAUAAGCUUAGUAUCUUCUAUGAUAACCUUUGCCAGUCUCUUCGAAUGCUUUCUUGGAGAAAUCCAUGUAGAUUUGUUAACCACUUUUACAGAGUCAACGCUGUUACCAGAGAUGCAGUCUUCAGGUGAAACUUCAGGCAUCAAGGUGAAUAUCAUAGGCGAAUUCGUCGUUUUGUUUUCUAAAUAUAUCAUGAAAGUUUCUUCUAAACGUUUUAUUCAAUAAUAUACCAUGUAUACUAAACCAAGAAUGGUUAGCAUAUUUAUUCCUCGAUUUAUUCAUAAUAAAAAAAAUAUUAAACGAUGAAACAUAAUUGUAUACAAGCUAAUAUUCAAUAGUCAAUGAAGUAAUAAUAUUUACUAGCCAAUUAUAAUAACAAAUAAAUAAUCAAUCAAAAAGAAUAACAUUAAAGAAUACUGAUCAAAUAAUGAAUUGUUUCAAUGAAUCAUUUAAUAAAUUAUCAAAUUAUGAAAUAGAAAUUUCAUUUGGUAAAAUUGCUAAUUACAAUGAAUUAUUGAAUAAAACAAUAGUUAAUAAUUUGAACUCAGAAUCGAAUUUAACUAAUGAAAAAGUUUUCUAUUCAUUUUGUUAUUCUUUCAAUCAUAUAUUAAGAAAUAAAAAUAUGUUAAAAAAGUCUUCAUAUCAGUUUAUACCGGAUUUUUAUAAAGAGAAAGAUAUUGUUAAUGGUUGUAAAUGCAAAUAUUGUCCUAAUAAUAAAACUUCAGCAAUGAUUAUUCCACCAUUCAAUGAAGAGUUGUUAAAUCCUUUUUCUGAAUAUAUAGAAGAAAAUGCCGGAAAGUUAAUCUCUUGUACAGGUUUAUAUUUUUCAACUGAAACUAAUAAUUUAAACAGUAAACAUAAAAUGAUCAAUUAUGAAAAAUAUUUACCGACUAUUAAUACUUGUAAAUCUCCUACUGUUUUAAACUAUAAAAAUACUAAACCAAUUUGUCAUAAUUAUGAAUAUUUCAAUGGAAUAAAGAUAUACCGAAAUAAAUGUAAAAAUCAGUCUCAUUUUAUGCCUGAAUCAAGUGUGAAUGACGGUCGUUUAAAUCAUUUUCUAUUGAAACUAAAAAAUUUAAUGAAACUAAUACGAAAAUUUUCAAAUCUUGGUAUAAUUGAACGUGAUGAAGUGAAAGAAGUAGCUGACAAUCCUCAUCCUUCUCCUCCUCCUCCUCCUACUUCUACUACCAUCGACAAAUCUAUCCCAAAGGAUGAUAAGAGAAGACGGAAAACGCUAUACAACAAACAACAUUAUCAUUCCAUAUAAUCAAUCAUACAAAACAUUGUAAUGAUCAUGAUUCUUAUGAAAAGCAUCAUACUAUAUUUCUUGUCACUGAUGCAUUACCUUCAGUGUUGAUAAAGUCAAUAACAAGCCAGAAUCAAUCUUUACAAUUUUGCUCAUUAUAAACAUAAAUAUAUUCUAAGAGUUUUCAAGUGUAAUCUAAAUAUCAAUUUUUAUUAUACUUUAAUGAAAAUUAAGAAAAAACAGGUAGAUAGACAGACAGACCAGAGAAAUGUGUUAUUCAUGCUUAAAUCGAACUACUAAACAAUGAACAAAAGUCACCGAUGAUGGCUCAUGCUCAAGAGUACUAAAUAAUACUGAAAUAUGUGCAACUUUUUUUCAAUGGAUUUUUGUUUUGUCAUGUCAAAUUAGACACUAUAUGCUGCUUUGUUUAAUAUCAUCAUAAAUUAUAUGACCAACGCAAACUUUAACGUUUUUACUAUUCCAUUUUGUAUUAUACUAACAGUUUUUAAGUUAAAUCUCAUGUACAUCAACUUGUUAGUAUUUAUGAGUCAUUUGAAUACAAGAUUGACAGUG